AUGGCGCCGCGUCUCCUGCUCCUCGCGCUCGUCGCGGCGGCCGUGGCCGUGCUGCCGGCGAGCGCCGCGGUGGCGAGCAUCGACCUGGGCUCCGAGUGGCUCAAGGUGGCCGCCGUGCACCUCGCGCCGGGCCGCGCGCCGAUCGCCGUCGCCAUCAACGAGAUGUCCAAGCGCAAGUCCCCGGCGCUCGCCGCGCUCGCCGACGGCAACCGCCUCGCCGGCGAGGAGGCGGCCGGCAUCACCGCGCGCCACCCGGCCAAGGUCUUCUCCCGCAUGCGCGACCUCCUCGCCAAGCCCUUCCCCUACGUGCGGGCCCUCGCGGACUCGCUCUUCCUCCCCUACGACCUCGUCCAGGACGCGCGCGGCGCCGCCGCCGUGCGCGCCGACGACGGUCAGGUCUACACCGUCGAGGAGAUCGUCGCCAUGGUGCUCCACUACGCCUCCGGGAUCGCCGACGCCCACGUCGGCCUGCCCGUGCGGGACGCCGUCGUCGCCGUGCCGCCCUACUUCGGCCAGGCCGAGCGCCGGGCCCUCACGCAGGCCGCCCAGCUCGCCGGCUUCAACGUCCUCGCGCUCGUCAACGAGCACGCCGGCGCCGCGCUGCAGUACGGGAUCGACAAGGACUUCUCCAACGAGUCGCGCCAUGUCAUCUUUUACGACAUGGGCUCAGGCAGCACCUACGCCGCGCUCGUCUACUACUCGUCCUACAGCGCCAAGGAGUUCGGGAAGACGGUGUCUGUCAACCAGUUCCAGGUUAAGGAUGUCAGAUGGAACUCCAAACUUGGAGGCCUUGAAAUGGAAAUGCGUCUGGUAAACUAUUUUGCCGAUCAAUUUAACAAGCAGCUUGGCAAUGGGGAUGACAUCCGUCAGUCUCCUAAAGCAAUGGCUAAGUUGAAGAAGCAGGUCAAGCGCACGAAAGAAAUUCUGAGCGCAAAUACUGCUGCUCCGAUCUCAGUUGAAUCUCUAUAUAAUGACAUCGAUUUCAGGAGCACCAUAACACGUGAAAAAUUCGAAGAGCUUUGUGCAGAUUUAUGGGAGCAGGCUCUGACUCCAAUCAAAGAUGUGCUCACGCAUUCAGGCAUGAAAAUUGGUGACAUAUAUGCUGUAGAGCUGAUUGGAGGAGCUACCAGGGUACCAAAACUGCAGGCUAAGCUGCAGGAAUUCCUGGGACGGAGUGAGCUAGAUAAGCACCUUGAUGCUGAUGAAGCAAUUGUUCUUGGUGCCUCACUGCAUGCUGCUAAUCUAAGUGAUGGGAUUAAGUUGAACCGCAAGUUGGGGAUGAUUGACGGUUCUACUUAUGGUUUCGUGUUUGAAAUAGAUGGCCCAGAUUAUGUCAAAGAUGAAAGUACUGAUCAAGUACUGGUUCCAAGGAUGAAAAAGAUGCCAAUAAAGUUGUUCAGGUCCAUUAGACAUACUAAGGACUUUGAUGUCUCUCUCAGCUAUGACAAAGCUUCUGAAUUGCCCCCAGGUGUUUCGUCGCACAAGUUUGCAGAGUAUGCCAUAUCAGGCCUGGCUGAAACCAGUGAAAAGUAUGGAAGCCGCAAUUUAUCUGCACCCAUCAAAGCAAAUCUACACUUUUCUUUGAGUAGAAGUGGAAUUAUUUCUCUUGAUAGGGCAGAAGCAGUGAUUGAGAUAACUGAAUGGGUUGAAGUUCCAAAGAAGAACGUAACACUAGAGACUAAUACCACCGAUGAGACUUUGUCUGCUGAAUCAGGAACAACUGAUAGUACAACAGAUAGUAAGGAGAAUUCUAGUUCAGGAAGUGAUGCUGAUAAUACGAGCACUACCAAUGAUGAGACCAAUGUGCAAGAUACUAUUACAGAGAAGGUGCUGAAGAAAAGAACCUUCAGGGUUCCAUUAAAGGUCACUGAAAAAACAGCUGGUCCUGCAUCAACCCUUUCGAAGGAACUGUAUUCUGAGGCAAAAAGUAGGUUAGAUGUACUUAAUAAGAAGGAUGCUGAGCGGAGGAGAACUGCUGAACUGAAAAAUAACCUUGAGUCUUACAUAUACUCUAUGAAGGAAAAGUUGGAGGAAAGCACAGAUAUGUUGGCCGUCUCAACUGAACAGGAGAGGGAAUCUUUUACAGAGAAACUCAGUGAGGUGCAGGAUUGGCUGUAUAUGGAUGGUGAAGAGGCUCAAGCAAACGAAUUUCAAGAGCGGCUUGAUCAGCUUAAGGCCAUGGGCGACCCAAUUCUUUUCAGAAUGAGUGAGUUAAAAGCCCGACCAGCAGCUUGCGGAAGUGCUCGAUUGUAUCUUACUGAGCUACAAAAGAAGAACUGGGAAACAAGCAAACCAUGGCUUCCAAAAAAGAGAGUAGAUGAGGUCGUAAGUGAAGCAGAUAAGCUGAAAGCUUGGUUGGAGGAGAAGGAAACCCUACAGAAGAGUACCCCUGCCCACAGCUCGCCUGCCUUCACAUCUGAAGAGGUCUAUCAGAAAGUUUUAGCCCUACAAAAUAAGGUCUCUAGCGUCAAUAGGAUCCCAAAGCCAAAACCCAAGGUUGAGAAGAAACCCGCCGUAAAGGAAGAAGCUAACAAGGAGAAGACGGACUCUUCAGAAUCUGCAUCCAGCGAGUCUGAAUCCACGGAGAAGCCGUCAGAAUCGGAUGCCCCUGAGAAGAAUAACGAUUCGGAACCAGAAUCCCAUGACGAGUUGUGA